AUGUGGAAACAAGCCUGCAGGGAGUCCGCUGGAGGGACCACGAGGCCCAGAGCAGAUGUGCCAAAGAUGUCCCAUCUUGAGAUUCUGCCUGCCACAGUGUCUCAGCUGCUGGCUGCCACCAGAGUCACCAAUGACACGUUUACUAUCUGGGACUGGGAACUCAACCAGGUUUCUAUUGUGGGCAUCAUCAGAGGGUUUGCUCCGUUUGUGACCAACAUCCAGUACUCUGUGGAUGACAUGACUGGUCCCCCUCUGAAUGUGAAGCUGUGGGUUAACAUGGAGGACGGUGCAAUGAGGAACCCUGUUUCACCAGGAACAUAUGUGAGGGUGAUUGGAAGUCUACGGGACUUUAGUGGACAAAGAUCAGUACUGGCCAUUGACGUUCGUUGCAUCGACGACCUGAAUGAGAUCACAUCCCACAUGCUGGAGGUGGUGCAAGCUCAUAUGCAAAUCUUUGGAAAGGUGUUUGAUGGGAACAUGAACACCACUAUAGCUCAGCAGACCUGUAGAAAUGGUGUGCAUCACGAAGGCUUGCUGCCUGUUGGCUUGUCCACGAUCCAGAACCAGGUGCUGAAUGUAAUCCAGAGUUUCUCCAUCUGCGACGAAGGCAUCAGUUUUCAUGACCUGCAAAAGAAGCUGGACUACCUCAGCAUGUAUGACAUCAGAGGCUCCUUGGCUUUUCUCACAAGUGAAGGUCACAUCUUCUCUAUUGAUGAGCAUCAUUUCAAGUCAACAUAA